AUGGAUAUAAAACAUCAUCAAAACAAUGAUCAUAAAAAUAAUCCUUCAAAUGAUGAUAGUGAUAUAACUUUAGUUGAUAAUGAAGAAGAAGAUCCACAACCUUCAUCAUUAUCAUCAUUAUCAUCAACCACCACAACAACUACAACUACAACUACUACAAAUACAUCUUCAUCUACUCCUCAGACUAAUAGAAAUAGAACAAAAGAUGUAAUGAUAGAAAAAGAUAUAGGAUUUAGUGAAUUAAAUUUACCAAGUGUGUUGGUAGAAGCAUUAAAGAGUUGUGGAUUCGAGAAACCGUCACCUGUUCAAGUACAGGCUAUUCCAAUUGGUGUGUCUGGUGUGGAUAUGGUUGCACAGGCAAAGAGUGGCACUGGAAAGACGGUGGUGUUUGGUUCGAUUGCUAUCGAGCGUGUGUUGAGACACUGCACUCAACCUACUGCAUCGACACUAUCUAAAAAGCAGUUGUUGGAUAUGGACGAUGACAGUUACGCCGAGGCAGUGUCAGGUGUACCACGACGAACACUCGUUCUCAUGUUGGCACCGACCAGAGAGAUUGCCAUCCAGAUUGCAUCGGUCGUUGGAGAGAUUGCCAAGCAUGCAGGCAAGAGACUUCAUGUCGAAGCGUUUGUCGGAGGCAAUGCAUCGACCACCCAGGAAGACGAGAUUAAAUUGGGCGGUGCUCAGGUGGUCGUCGGAACACCCGGUCGCAUCCGAUCACUCAUUGAAGCACGUAGACUACGAACCGACGACAUUGAACUCUUUAUCAUGGACGAAGCCGACAAACUACUCGAUGCAGCCUUUUCCAAAGAUUUCAAUUGGAUCUUUACCUCGUUGCCCAAAAAGAGACAAAUCGCUGCCUUUUCUGCCACCUUUCCAACUGCUCUCCUUAAUAUGGUCGAGCGUUACAUGUCUAACCCUGUUCACGUUCAAAUGUGUAAAGGUGAAGAAGGUGUAUCUCUUGAAGGUAUUAAACAAUAUUAUCAAAUUAUCAAAGAUACAAAUAAUACAACAAAUAAUACAAAUAAUACUUCAUCUACUUCGAUACCAAUAUCAACAAUUGAAUAUCAUACAUUUAGAGCCAAAGUAAAUAGUUUAUUGAUAUUGUUGGAACAAGUAUCAUUUUAUCAAGCUGUUGUAUUUUGUAAUAAUCGUGUACGUGCAGAAGAGUUGUGUAAACUAUUGUGCAAAGAGGGUUGGCCAACACGUUAUAUUGCAGGAUCAAUGGAACAAAUUGAAAGAAUGGCGGUCAUGAAGGAACUACAAGCAUUCAAACUACGUAUACUUGUAUCGACCGAUUUAAUUAGUCGUGGUAUCGAUAUUGAACGUGUCAACUUGGUUGUCAAUAUGGAGGUACCAGUGGCUAUGGACUUUGAAACCUAUUUCCAUAGAAUAGGACGUACUGGAAGAUUCGGUAGCUAUGGUGUUAGUAUCACCUAUGUGUCAGGUGACCGAGAAAUGCAAUUUAUCAGCCAACUACAAUCUAGAUUCAAUUCAAAGAUUGAAGAACGUCAAGAAAAUGAUGAAAUUCCAGAACACUACUAUGCCUAUCAAUUGGCAAGUGAAAAGGAAUCCAAUCAACUAGAACAACUUAAAGCCAAACAAGAAAAUAAUCUAAAAUCAAUUCAAGAAAAACAAUUAAAAAAAUUAUCAAACAAAUCAUCACAAUCAAAGAAACCAAAUUCAAAUAGUAAUCGUAGUAGAAAUCAGGUUGAUAUUGAUCAAGAAGAAGAAGAAGAAGAAGAUGAAAUUUUAGAAGAUUUAGAAGAAGAACAAGAAGAUGAUUAUGAUGAACAAGUAAAUUAUGAUGAAGAUGAAGAAGAAGGAGAAGAAGAAAAUGGUAAUGAACAACAAAAUUUCCGAUACCAACCAGCUUAUUAUUAUCCACCUCCACGUGAUGAUUAUCAUCAAUACAAUUAUUAUUCAUAUCAACCUCCACCUCCACCUCCACAUAUUCCACAAAAUCAACAUGUCAAUCAACAUCCCAUUCCUCCUCAUAAUCACAAUCAACAUAUACCACAUGGUAUACAACAACAACAAAACCUACAUCAACCGGUUGCUCUUCCACAUCACAAUCAUCAUCAUCACCAUCAUCAACCACCAAUUCCUAUGAUGCAUGAACCCAAUCAUCCAAUUUUAAAUAUCCCUCAUCCACACCAUCUAGAACCUCAUCCUGUUCCACCUCCACCUCCUCCACAUAUACCACAUGGUAUACAACAACAACAACAACAAAACCUACAUCAACAUCCUAUUCCUCCUCCGCCUCCACCUCCUCAUCCACUUCUUCUAACCCACCCAAUUUUAAAUGUUCCUCCUCAUCAACAUCACCAUCAUCAUCAACCACCACCACAUCCACAUCUACCUGUUGAAUAUCAAAAUCAUCAUUGUAAUUGUUCAUUCUGUCCAUCCAAUGUUUACACUUACAACAUGAACAAUGAUGAAAAUAAUAAUAAUAAUAAUAACAACAAUAAUAUAUAUCAACAUGUUAAUCCAUCAGCAAAUUCCAAUAGUUUUAAUUAUCUUCACAACCAUAAUUAUUAUAUGUAUCGAUCAUAA